UCCGGGCCUCGCCUCCAUUUGCUUCACUCAUCAUCUCUCCCCGGAGGAGUGUGAGCUCACAGCAUUUUCUGAAAGGUACGCAGAGAAAACCAACUUUCCAUCUCCUCUUCUUACCUAAUUCUUCACGUUCUUGUUCUUCCGGAAUCUCCGGAGACUUCUUGCUUUCACUUUUGCUGUGUGAAUUGUUGCUCGGGAGAGAGAAGGAGAGAUAUGGGGAGGGGUAGGGUUCAGCUGAAGAGGAUAGAGAACAAGAUCAACAGGCAAGUGACCUUCUCCAAGAGAAGGACGGGGUUGUUGAAGAAAGCCCAUGAGAUCUCCGUUCUCUGCGAUGCUGAAGUCGCUCUCAUCGUCUUCUCCACCAAGGGAAAGCUCUUUGAAUACUCCACCGAUUCAUGCAUGGAGAAGAUCCUUGAACGAUACGAGAGAUAUUCAUAUGCAGAAAGGCAGCUUGUUGUGACUGAUGCUGAACAAACCGGUUGCUGGAGUCUGGAGCAUGCAAAGCUUAAAGCUAGACUUGAGGUUUUGCAAAGAAACCAAAGGCAUUACGUGGGGGAAGAUCUUGACAGCCUAAGCCUCCGAGAGCUGCAAAAUUUGGAGCAACAGCUUGACUCUGCCCUUAAACUCAUAAGAUCAAGAAAGAACCAACUCAUGUUUGAAUCAAUCUCAGAACUUCAGAAAAAGGAUAAGGCUUUGCAGGAGCAAAACAACUUGCUUGCAAAGAAGGUAAAGGAAAAGGAGAAGGGACUAGCCCAAGAAGCUCAAUGGGAGGGACAAAAUUUUGGCCAAGACACAUCCCCAGUUGCUCUUCCACAUCCAAUGCCACCCUUAACCAUCAAUAGCAAUGGAGUAGCGGACCACGAAGGCAAUCCACCACAACAUCGAGCCAAUGCACUCUUGCCACCAUGGAUGCUCCGCCACCUCAAUGAGUAAGGAUUAGUAGAGCCAACCUUUGCUCUCUCCACUAGUUAUGCAAGUUUGAUGUGUCUAAUUUCCAUGUUGAUGCGGGAACUAAGGUCAAGUGUGUUAAUGUCUAUAAUAAAAACAUAAACACGUUUGUGUUAAAGUUUGGGAUGUAUAUGUUUCCAAGCUACCACGACACUCUGGCAAAUGCCGCUGGUAUUUUGAUAUAUAUAUAUAUAUAUAGAAGUUCCAAGACAUGGCAACUCUGGUGAAAUAUUGUUAUUUAUGAACUGAUAAUAUAAUUUUAAUUUUAUA